AUGAAUACUCUCCGACGAAUGUUUUUACUUUUUAUUCUCAUUCUUGCUGUUACAGAUCAAAAUGCAGUCUCGCAAUCUAUUAUCGCGGGUUACGCACCCGGCGUUAGUGGAAUGUCAUCAAUUAAUGAAGAAAAUUGUUUGAAUGAAGAACUUGUUCUGAACUUUACUGAUUUGUCGAAUGCUGCUGAAUGUGCACGAACAUGUAAACUGGGAGACUUAAAGACGUGUUAUUAUAAAUUCGUGGUUGAACGUUAUCCCAUUAAUGGCCAGGCAUGCAAUUUAUGUAUGCCAAAUGCUACGAAUAGUUUGUGCGCUGAUUGCCAAUGUGUCCCAGGGGAUGGAACGCAGCGAAUGGCUUUGACUGUGAACAGAAUGAUACCAGGUCCAAGCAUACAAGUUUGCGAAGGAGAUUACGUCGUGGUUGAUGUUAAGAAUCUAUUAAAAUCAGAUUCGAUCACGAUUCAUUGGCACGGUAUCUAUCAACAAGGUUCUCCUCAUUACGAUGGGGUCCCCGAUUUGACACAGUGUCCGAUCACGAUUGGUAACACGUUUAGAUAUCAAUUUUUUGCCAAUAACCACGGAACUCAUUUAUGGCAUGCUCACACUGCAUCACAAAAAUUGGAUGGUAUAUUCGGAAGUCUUAUAGUACGAGUACCAUAUGAGAAUGAAGCUUAUUCGAAUCUUUACGAUUUCGAUUUAGCAAACCACGUAAUCGUUAUUAAUGAUUGGUUUAAAGAAGAAUCCACGAACCGAUUUCCAGGUCGUAGGGCCGGCGUAAUUCGCCAGGUUGCCGAUACUUUCUUAAUCAAUGGAAAAGGAAAAUUCGUAGAUCCCACUGGCAGUACGACGAAUAUUCCUUAUGAAGUGAUCACCGUGGGUGCUAAUCAUCGUUAUCGUUUCCGUUUAAUUAAUUCCUUCUGUACCGUUUGCCCUGGAGAAUUGAUUAUCGAAGGCCACAGUCUUACUGUUAUUGCUACCGACGGUCAACCUAUAGAACCUACCGUAGUUAAUUCCAUAGUUUCUCUAGCUGGAGAAAGAUAUGAUUUCAUCAUUGAUACUAAUCGAGUACCUGGUGCGUAUUGGAUACAACUGCGUGGAUUGAAUGAUUGUGAUGCUAAGGGCAUUCAGCAAUUAGCCAUACUGCAAUACGAAGGAGCACCUACUAAGCCAAUGACCAAAGAACCUACCUUUAAGAAUCCUAUUCCUAAGGGUGUUGUAUUAGAUAUCGCAAGUUCUGAUUGUUCUUCGCGUAUCUGUGGCGAUAAAUUAAGGAACGCAUUACCAAUUGAUCCAGAUAUUCUGAAGAAUGACGUAGAUAUGAAAUUGUAUUUACCUAUCGCUUCUCAAAAAUAUCAACCAGAAGAAAUAUUCGUACCUAAUACAUACAAUAACUUUUUGGUGACAGGUCCAAAGUCGAUAUCAAUCACUACGUUAAGCAACAUAAGUUCAGCUUCUCCAUCUUCUCCGGCGCUCACCCAGUUAGAAGAUAUUCCUGCAGAUGCAUUUUGUAAUGCCGAAAAUUUCCAUCCAGACGUUCCAUGCACGUGUAUUCACUUGAUCAAAAUUCCAUUAAACUCUAUUGUAGAGAUCAACCUGAUAGAUGAGUAUAAUUUGCCAAGUUCACGACAUCCCUUCCAUUUGCAUGGAUACAGAUUCUAUGUCAUGGGCAUGGGUCAACCUUUGGGUCUUCCGAAAUCGGGUAUUAAAAUGACACUCGAAUAUUUUAAAGAACUUGAGAAGAAAAAUCAGAUUGUAAAGAAUUUUGAUUCUCCUCAUGGAAGAGAUACUCUUCCUGUACCAAAUAAUGGAUAUGCUAUAAUUAGAUUCCGAGCAAAUAAUCCAGGAUAUUGGUUGUUCCACUGUCAUCAAAUUUUCCAUCAUAUUGGUGGUAUGGAAGUGAUUUUACAAACUGGGGAGGUAUCUAAUAUGUCAAAAACGCCAGAUAAUUUCCCAAGAUGUGGUAAUUUUAAACCGAAAAUACAACAUACAGUGUGAAAUAGGAAAUUAAUUGAAACUAAAAAUGAUAAAAUAAGCUCAAAAUGAUCAUAUAUUCAAUAAAUAUACGUAUAUA